AUGGUGCCUCUGAGCCAGAUGGAACCCAUUGGAAAUAAAGUGAGGAGAAAGAAAAGAGAAAUGUGAUGAGAUGGGGCAGUUGGCAGAGGAAGGAAGCAGAUAAAAAAAAUGAGAGAGAGAACAAAGAAAUCGCGACCAAGACGAACAAACUGUGGAGGCAGCUUCACUUUGGGGGCUGUGGAAAGAACUUCCAGGGUAUCUCAGUCGCUGGAAUAACAGGGAGCAGGCUGCACUGCUGCAAAGGGUUUGCAAAAGGAGCAAAUAAUCUUGUGGCUGCUGCCCAUGCUGAAGGGAAAAAGGGAUCCUGUGAGCAAGAGCGAGGAGGAAACUGCCUGCCGGAGACUGCAACCUUUCAGUAGCAAAGUGUGCUCCAAAGUUCCCUCCAGGAUCCCCUGGGCUGCAGCUCUUGGUGGGGAGAACCCCCACCCGGGAAGGUUGCCCUAGCUCUCACCCCCUGCCCCUCCCACGCAUGCUUUGGGAUUAUAGGUCAUUUUUGAACAAACAACAAAACUAGCGGAUUUCAGAGUGAAAUUCCGGAGGAAAUUUAAAGAGCAUCCGGAUCCGGAGAAAGAGAGAGAGAGAAAGAGGAAGGAAAAAAUAAAUAAAAACGUGGAGUGAAUCUAAGGCAACCAAAGAAGGGACGAGGAGAAAGAAACUGACACUGACGUGGAGAUGGGGAAAUGAAUCACUGAGGAGGCCAAACCAAGAUCUAGGAAGCUGCUGGAAGACUGAUGCAUACUAACUUCACUACCUAAUAGUCUGUCCAACCGUUACUAACCAAUGUCAACAACUAGGGAGCAGCCGAUCUUCAGCACUCGAGCCCACGUUUUUCAGAUCGACCCGGCCACGAAGCGGAACUGGAUCCCUGCCAGCAAACAUGCCCUGACCGUCUCCUACUUCUACGAUGCCACGCGCAACGUGUACCGGAUCAUCAGCGUGGGAGGCACCAAGGCCAUCAUCAACAGUACCAUCACCCCCAACAUGACCUUCACAAAAACCUCCCAGAAGUUCGGACAAUGGGCGGACAGCCGAGCCAACACAGUAUACGGGCUGGGCUUUGCCUCAGAGCAGCACCUCUCCCAGUUUGCGGAGAAGUUCCAGGAGGUGAAAGAAGCAGCCCGUUUGGCGAGGGAAAAAUCGCAGGAUAAAACGGAGCUGACCAAUCCAGCCCUGAACAUCACGUCUCACCAGGUGCUGCCAAGCACUGUCAUCAGCUCCAAUGGGCCAGGAGACGAUAAGCUGUUCCGGAGCCAGAGCGCCGACGUCGAGAUAACAACGGAGAAGGAGCGGCUGAAGAAGAUGCUCUCCGAAGGCUCAGUGCCCGAGGUCCAGUGGGAAGCUGAAUUCUUCACCCUCCAGGACAACAACAACAAGCUGGUGGCUGCCCUGCAGGAAGCCAACGCCAGCGUGGAGCAGUGGAAGAAGCAGCUGGCCGCGUACCAGGAGGAGACAGAGACGCUGCGGCUGCGGGUGGCUGAACUGGAGCUGCAGAAAGCCCACGAUUCCUCCAGCGAGGGCAGCAAGGAGGAGCUGAACCAGACGCUGGAGGAGCUGGAGCUGUUGAUCAAGGCUAAAGACGAGGAAAUUCAGCAGCUGAAGAGGCAGAAGAGUGGCCAGUGGGAGGCGGAGGGGGAGCGCGAGGAAAUGCUGCGGAAGCUGCAGGAGCUGGAGGGACGCAACGCGGAGCUGGAGCGACGUUUGCACGUGGCUGAGCAAACACUGGCCGAGCAGCUGGCCGAGAGGGAGAAGAUGCAGGGCGAAGUCACCAAGGUGGGCGAGCUAAUGGAUGUGAAGAUAUUUGAGCUCAGCGAGCUCCGGCAGGGACUUGCCAAGCUGGUGGAAAGCAACUGAGCAGCCCUGGCCACAGAGACGCCUUCCAGGAGGGGCAGAGCCCGGCUGAGGCCGGUUACAAACUGCAGCAGGAAUUGGGACCUGGGCGGGGUCCAGCCACAAACCAGCAGAUGGCUGCAACGGACUGUGGAGACUGGCCAGAGACGCCUGAUGUGCAUUGAGGGCAGACAUGGAGCCCGUGGGCAGCUGAACUCGGGGGGUUUCCGCCCAAGGAGUGUCCAUGAGUCACGUCCAGGCCUCUCUGGAUCCUGACCAGCGUCGGCGUGGCCCGCGGGUGGCAGGGUCUCCAUGCUGCUCAGUGACGCUGUUCUCCUGGCCUCACUCACUAACGCAUUUCCCUGACAUUUUUACAGAAGGAAACACUCCUUUUCUAGGGAUGGGGCUCACCUGCCCGCCCAUUUUUCAGUAGUUUUUCUAGGGAACCGCUUGCUUCUUGUGAACCAAACUGCCUGGCUCCAGGAAGAGACGACCCAUCGCACCACGGGUGGUAGCUGCUCCUUCUCCCCCUUCCCCACCGUACUCACAUCCCAUCUUUUCAAUAGACUCUGAUCACCAUUUAUUCACGGUCAGGGGCUUCCAGAACCCCCAUGGGCAGAGACAGCUCCUCACCUGGCCCCAUUCCCUUGUGGCUGCCCAGUCCCAGCCUCCAGAGGGGAAGAAGUUGCAGGAUUUCACGACGUUUUCUAUUUGAAGGCAGUGGGUUUUCUUACUUCUCAAAGCUGCUUUAAGCUGGGAGGAGCAGGCAGUGCUGGGGAGGGGAUAGCUUGGGGGGUGACCGGCCAGCCAUGGAGCUGACAUCUGUCCAGGCUCCAAGGGCUGCCGCUCACCUGAGUUAAAUGCAGCAAAUCCCAGUAGCUCUUGUUGCCUCUUGGGAAGCGCCGUCCAGGGAGACAGCAGGCCCCAUGAGCCGCAUGGCCUCUGGAGGGUGCAGGCCCCCAUGCUAUGCUCCACCUUGAGCUGCACGGCUGGAUGCAGCUAGGGCGUUGGCUGUUUGGAGCGCGUUGGGCCUGGGCUCCCUAGGGGCUGUGGGACGUUUGUGGGUCCUUAUGGGUGUUGUCGAGUAAUGUAAAUCCAACAAGGCCUGUAGGGAGAGGGGCAGUCACACUCCCCCACCCAGGCCCUGUGGAGCCCAGUAGUUGCCUAGUAGCAUGCUUAGCCCGGUGUCUAAUGAGGAAGCAGUGUGUGUAGACGGAGCCGGUCGCCCAGCAGGACCAGGGCCGGGUCUGUUUUUUACUUUUCUCCUUGCUGCCGUAGGUGCAGUGCAGACAGACGUAGUAACUGGAGAAUGUUUCCAGGGAUUGUAGAGACGCUGCAGAAUCUGCCUAAAACUCCAGCAACCCCGGCGGCCGAGUCCUGCCUUCUGCCCACAGGGUCAGACCCUCCGUCUGCGUGUACCUGGGUGAAAAGCGUAACUCACCUGGGGCCGAGCUGCCUCUCGCUCGCGCCCCCGGCCCGAGAGGUGAUUGCUCUGAUUUUCAGUGGAUCUGCCAUUGCCCCGGACCGCCUCAGGACUCCCUGGAACCCCAGCCCCUGCUUACGCCUGGGUAACUGAGCCUAAGGGCAGGAGCAGGCGCCGGGGAGAUCCUGAAGGAGUGGAGCUGUGAUGUCAGGGUUACAGAGCUUGUGUCUAGGUUAGGCCGGCCCCCUCCCUCCCUUUCAAAGCUUAGGAGUUGUGGGGAAAUGUAGAUUUCUGAACCUGCGCAGCCAGGAGAACUUUUUUGCAUGAGCUGCUCCCACGCCUGUGUGGGGGCUAGAACUAGCUGUAGCGUGUGCCGCCCGCAGGGUGUUCUCUGGUGUGUGUGUGUGGGGGGGGGAGGACAAGACUGGCCGGGGUACGUGCAGCACUGUGUUCCCGUUCCGGUGCCAGCUGUGGCCCCUUUGGAAAAUAGAGAUCAGCUGCAGGAAAGGUGCCUUCGCUCUGACUGCUUCGUUGUGGGGCGGCACUGGGUUAAGCAGGCAUCUCCCCUGCAUGUUGUCAGCCAUUCACCCACCCACGGGUCCUGUCUGUGUCUCACGCCACAUGCAAACUACCAGGAGAAGGGGCAUGUUAAAGGGACUGGGUCUGACUUCCCACCACUGUGUCCUCCAUGUCUCCGCCCCCAGCCUCUCACUAUUGUGUGGCCAGUGGCAAGAUGGGAGUUUCCCAGUGAUUGGGGCUCGCUGGACCGGCUUGAGCAACUUCCCAGGCUGAGUCAGCAGGACUGAUUCUGACACAAGCCCCAGCACGGCACUGAGACUGCAGCUCGGCCCGGUUCCCACCUGCCUUCCACACCUGUGCGUUCGCUAGCCCAGACUUGUCGCUGGCGGCAGCACCGUCGUUAGCCUGGGUUUGUAAUGACCCGGUGCCCUUUACACCUCGCAAGCACAGCCCCGGUCGCUCCCGGUGUAACGCCCUCAGCCCUCCAGUCAGGCAGUGACGUUACGACGACGCUGACAGGAGCUCCAGCCUGCACUUGGCCUAGCUUUCCCCGCCAAGCACGGCUCCGGAGCCUUUGUCUCAGGCUCACGCUCCGGCCUACUUCCCUUGGCCGCAGCUGCUUUCCUUCCUUCUGUCCUGUAGAGACACCGCGCCAUGCACCGCGUCUCUGCAUCCAGCUGUGUCACAGGGCACCAGGAUGCUCUGGGCUGGGCAUGGUGAGUCACGGCCGAGGAGCUGCCCGAAGGCAGGAAGGGACAGGCUCUGCCCAGUCUGCCUGCGAGGGGACGGGAGAAUAGAGCCCUAGAACUUGUUGGCUUGCUGAUUUAAAGCCAUGUGCUGUUAAGGCUGGGCCCUGAACCAACCAAAUCCAUUCUGAGAGCUGAGUCCCCCAUUGUCCCCCCCUCCCCCGCAGAAGUCUGAAGCUCUCAGACACCAAGGCUCCAGUUUAAACGACGUGAACAGAAAACCCCUCAAUGAAUUACCCUCAGGGUCCAUGUAAGGACACACCCCACGCGCCUCAACUGCCGGGAGCUGAGGGGGCGCAGCCCCUAGUCAUGACCCAGCAGCAAGACGAUGACAUGAAAGGCAGGCCAAUGCAUGCUGUGAUUGAAUGCUGCCCCUCAAGUGGCUGACAAGGCAGAGGGCAAUGGGCCAGGGUGUGGAGCCCCCCUCCUGGGGUUAGCCAGCUCAUCUCCAUCCGGUUUGGAGGCCUGAGCAGAGUCGGAAGCACGGUGCUUCUCCAGCAUCUCGCUGCCCGGCGAAGGCACCUCUUCUGGUGCUGCACUGCCCAAGAGCGGCUGGCUACACCCAGGGUCCCAGGCACGAGUCCCUGCCAAGCCUGGCUCAGCCCCAGGACUGCCGCAGCAGCCACACCACACUGGGCGAGGCUCCGGGCUGUCACGUGCACCUGCCGUCCAAGGAGUCUACACAAGAACGGCCGUUCCGGGUCAGACCAAAGGUCCAUCCAGCCCAGUAUC